CUUACAAAAAAAGCCCUUCCACCAAUAAGAGAGAUGACGCGAAGGUUUGCUGCAGAGAUGGCUCAUGAGCAUGUUGGAGAUGGCUGGGUUACGCGCCUGAUACAACGAAACAAAGACUAUCUUAUCUCCAAAUGGACUAAGGCUAUGGAUGCGGUACGCCGCCACACUAAUUAA